AAAGUGUUUAUCAAUGUUGUAAGCUAUGUUAACGACUUUAGACUUUUUCAGAGCUUAUCUGGCUACAUUUUAGCCUUAAAAACUACUCUUUUUUCAAAGUUUCUGAAGUUUUUAAUCGAUUUUUUUGUGUGAAUUAUCUCGAUUUUUCUGCACACGCUUAACACUUCCCGAUUGACUUCGCCCUUUGAUUAUCGACUAAUGGACUGAAAAUGUAAUGUAAUCAAUCGACUUGUGUUUGAUUCUGAGAUUAGUGUGAUUGACAACUUUAUCAAGACAAUCAGACUGCAGUCAAGGCAGAAUUAAUUUGGACCCAUUAUUCUACAGUACAAAACACCUCCUUCACGUUCAAGGUGAUGAACGUUGAUAAGGAAAGACUUGAAGAAAAACAGCAGCACCGCUGAGAAGAGGAAUGGAAUGAACGCUAUUGGUUCUGCGAAAGACGAAAAACAUAAUCGUUUACAACCUAGUGGAGACAAACAUUUCAGGAAGUCGGAGAAAAAUGAAACGCCAUCCAGCAUGCAUUCAGCUGCCAGCAGUCACAAAAAGAAAACCGAGAUUACGUCGGAUUUGGAUUUGAAUUUGGCUAUGCAUCGAUUCUUCACCUUUGCAACUAAUUUUCUUCAAAACUAUUCACAUGAACUAAUCCACACACUUGCGGGACUAGGUUUAUAUUAUUUUAAUUGUAGUGAAUCGCCAUUUUUGUGCUGCCACUUUUGCGAUUUCGUUUUAAGUGCCACGGAAUUGCCAGAAAUUUUUGCACACGGGACAAGAGCUGUAAAAAUAAUUCAAGAUAAACAUGUCUGUGGCGAUAGCGAUAAGUCAAGAAAUGUGCCGAUGGGGAAUACCAACAGCGUGCUGAACUACAAAUUUGAGGCACACCGCCUUUACUCUUUGCUGAAAAAGGUCGACUGGGAGCACGUUGAGCCGUUUGGACUGGCGAAAAGCGGAUUUUACUACACUGGGGAAGGUGACAAUGUUAGAUGCACUUUUUGCAACGUGGAAAUCCGCGGCUGGGAGGAGGGAGACACGCCGGACGGAGAGCACACGCGUUGGAGCCCAAAAUGCCCUUUUCUUUGUAAUGAUAGAAGCCUCAUUAACAUCGAAAUUGGACGUGAAAACAGGGACGUGUCACACGACAGCCUGCCAGCUAAAAUAAAUAUCGGUGUUAAUCCGUUCGUUACGCACGAGAAACUUUUCGAAAAAUAUGGUCAGAACAUUAAAUUUGUUAGAAAGUCGAACCGUUUCGUUCUAACUCCUCAUGAUUUGAACAUCUUCGAAUGGUCCAAACCUCUGAACCCAAACUUUGCAACACUAAAAAGCCGGAUCAAUUCUUUCAAAGACUACUGGCCGAAAAGCCAGCGGCAAACGCCACUUGAAAUGGCCCAGGCCGGAUUCUAUUACACAGGCAAAGCCGACAAAACAGUCUGCUUCCACUGCAAUUUUGGUUUGCAUGACUGGGUUCCAGAGGAUGACCCUUGCAUCCAACACUGUAGGUGGAACUCAAACUGCCAAUAUUUGUUGAUGCACAAGGGACCAGCAUUCGUGGAAAAAGUUAUACACGGAAGAGAAAAAAUGGAAACAUCUAAUACGUCUUUAAGGACGCGAGGGGACAAUAGUAUGCUGUGUUUUAAGUGCGAAUCGGGAAGUGUUUCAAAAGUGAAUUUACCGUGUGGACACCUCAGCUUCUGCAGCGCCUGCUCUGAUUUUUCGUGUGCGAUUUGUGGCGCAGAAGUUAUCUCAGAAAUACAAGUUCCAGGCUUGUCUGAUAGUUUUUGAUAAUAUUGUUUUCAAAAAUAGGAAUAAAAGUUAACCGAGUGUUUUUAA